AUGGGUUCAUUAACCGUAACCAACACUACCUUACCGAACCAGGACGAGACCGUGACAGAGUCAACAGAAUUCGAGAAGAAUCAAAAACGGUACCAAGAACUCAUCGCCACCUUUCCUCACCACAAAGGCUGGAGACCGAAAAAUCCCUUGAUUGAGUACGGUGGUCACUGGCUGAUCCAGCCUCGCCUCGAAGGCUGCAUGUACGCGCAAGAGUUCUUCCAAGCCCAACCUAGUGACUUACUCAUCUGUACCUACCCAAAGACAGGUACCACGUGGCUCAAAGCCCUCAUUUUCGCAAUCUCCAAUAGAUCUCGCUUCAAAUAUUCCUCGUCCUCAAACCCUCUUUUAAAACGUAACCCUCACGAGCUUAUUCCUUUUAUUGAGAUUGAAUUCGCUUUCUUCCCUCACGUUGAUGCUCUUAAAGGCAAAGAGAACACUCUUUUUUCAACUCAUCUGCCUUACGGGCUAUUACCCGAGUCGGUUUCAAGAUCUGGUUGUAAGAUGGUUUAUAUCUGGAGAGACCCGAAAGACACUUUCAUCUCCAUGUGGACGUUCUAUCAAAAGCAAAAGACAGACGAUGGUCCUCUCGAGAGUCUUGAGGAGUCUUUUGACAUGUUUUGUCGUGGCUUUUCUAGUAACGGUCCUUAUCUAGAUCAUGUCUUGUCGUAUUGGAAAGCUUACCAAAAGAAUCCAGAUCGAAUCUUGUUUCUCAAGUAUGAGACGAUGAGGGCUGAUCCUUUAAUGUACGUGAGGAGAUUGGCUGAGUUUAUGGGUUGUGGGUUCACAGAAGAGGAAGAGAAGGAAAGGGUUCUUGAGAAAGUUGUGAAUCUUUGCAGUUUCGAGACGUUGAAGAAUCUUGAACCCAACAAAGGGGAGAAGGAUAUGGUGGACCGUCCUUGUAGUUAUGCGAAUAGUGCGUAUUUUAGGAAGGGUGAGAUCGGAGAUUGGCGGAACUAUUUGACUCCAGAGAUGGCAGCUCGAAUCGAUGGACUGGUGGUAGAGAAAUUGAAGGGUUCUGGUUUGCUUGAAUGGUAA